CCCUGAUCCCCCGUCAUAUCACUCCGCUCAAACGAAUUAAAAAACGGAAAGUUCUUUAAAUACCCUUUAUUUCGCUUUUAACUGAAACAAAAAAAAAAAAAAUCCCAAAUUCAUAAACUUUCUUAAUUUCAGAUCUUAUUUAGUCGAAACUCAACUCUCCAGCAAGUUUUCAGACACACCCACUUGAAUUUUUCGACGACCCAGAUCGAGAUUCGUUAUUACGGCAAAUUGGUGCUGGUUAUGCGAAGAAAUGUUGGGUUAACUUGAGUCUAACAUGGGUUUUGAGAGGCGAGUUUCUUUCUUUUUUUGGCGGGGGGUUAAACUGUGAAAAAAAAUCAUGUUUUGGAGGCAACGUGAGAACAAUAACAAAGAGCAGAAUGGAGGGCCUUCUUGUGGGCAAGUUCGAGUUCUUGUUGUUGGUGAUUCAGGUGUGGGGAAAACUUCUCUUGUACAUCUGAUUCUCAAUGGUUCUUCUGUUGCUUGGCCUCCCCAAACAAUUGGAUGUACAGUUGGUGUAAAGGUAGUACACAUACUUCAGCAAUGUUUUGAACUCAACAGUUACUGCCGGAGAUCAAAUCUUCUUAAAGUGUUUUUUCCUUAUUAUUUAUUUUUUUCUUUUAUGCAGCACAUUACAUAUGGAAAUACUGGUGGCUCUUCAAAUAGCAUCAAAGGUGAUUCUGAGAGAGAUUUCUUCAUCGAACUUUGGGAUGUAUCAGGACAUGAGAGAUACAAAGAUUGUCGGUCACUUUUCUACUCACAAAUUAAUGGUGUAAUUUUUGUUCAUGAUCUCUCUCAGAGAAGAACGAAAACAAGCUUGCAGAAGUGGGCAGCUGAGAUUGCUGCCACUGGGUCAUUUUCAGCUCCUUUAGGUUCUGGAGGUCCUGGUGGUCUUCCUGUACCAUAUAUUGUUAUUGGUAACAAAGCAGAUAUUGCUCCAAAAGUAGGUACAGGAGGAAGCAGUGGCAAUUUUGUUGAUGUAGCUCGUCAUUGGGUUGAGAAGCAGGGUUUACUCUCAUCUAGUGAGGAACUUCCUCUGACUGAAAGUUUCCCUGGUAGUGGAAGCCUUCUUUCGGCAGCCAAAGGAGCAAGAUAUGACAGGGAAGCUUUGUUGAAAUUUUUUCGCACGUUGAUCAGAAGAAGAUAUUUUUCAGAUGACUUACCAGCAUCAAAUUCGUGGUUCAUUUUGCCUGUUCAUAGAUCUGUUCAAAGAUUUGAUGAAAAUUUCAGCAAUGAGGAAAAGUCUUACACCACUGAAAGUGAUCCGUUCAGGUACAAUAUGGUUCCUCCUCUUCCAGCGCAGCACAAUCUCACACCGCCUCCAACUCUUUAUCCUCAGCAGCCAGUUUUGGUGCUUGAGAAUUAUAGCCUCCCAAGAUUUUCCCUGAGCAGUUCACAGGAAAUCAGUAGCACUGCUCGAUCAAAAUGCACAGAUAUCAAUGUCUAAUUGUGUUGGCCUACAAAGAGUGAGAUUUACCAGCAGGUACUUCAUGUUUUUUUUAUGUAUGAUUCAUUUUGCCUUAUUUUUUUGCUCGUAAAAAGCCGGUUCAUCGAUUCUUUUAUAUCUCUACAGCCUAUUCAUAAUGUAUAAAUGAUCUUUGCGAUUGAUUCUUUUUAAUUAACCUUUUCCUGUUUUCUAAUGGCCUCAAACCUGUCUGCCAGUUCCUUUGAAUUUUGUUCAUGUUACAAAACAAAGAAGAGAGAAGGUUUUUUUUUUUUUGUUUUUAAAUUUAUUGUGUUUUUACUGCCAUUGGCUCAGGAAAAUUCAAUAAUAUUUAUCUGAUGAUGUCAUGAUUAAUUGUUAAAACAGAAAGAUAUGUUUUAUCAUUGUUUUGUUUAUUUUGUUUUUGAAGAUUGGUAGCAAAAAAUUGUCUAUAUAUUUAGAAACCAUUACAGCCAAAAUAUGAAUUUUGUAUGUU